AUGACAAAGCCUAUCCAAGAUCCAUACGAGGCUGAACCAUCGGCUCUACCUUUCAGAACUGGAGGCCGGCUACGCCGGAACCAAGAAUACCUGAUCUUUUACUUCUUCGCGAUCUCUUCGUGGUGCCUGGAGAUUGCUGCUGCGUGCCUCGGAUCACUCGAUGGAGCGCAAAGUCAUUACUUCAUCGCUACUAUCUCACCGUUUAUGGCCACUCAUUGGAUGGCUUUCCUACAAACAUGCUGGAUGAUGGCGACUGCUCCGCGCAGCACAGUUCCGCAUCGUAUUGCCUAUCUCAACCUGGCCUGUCGAUUCCAGCGACUCUGCGCACCAACUGCUCUAAUCGGAAUGAUCACGUGGGCAAUUGGUUACCGAUAUCGUUACAAAGCUUCCAGUCAAGCGUACUGGAUUAUCUGGCUGGUGGUGUGGAUUGUGGACACCGUGGUUUGCAUCAUGAACGUUUACAACAAUAUCAGCUGGGAAAGCGACCUGCUAUACCAAAUCGCUCCUCACUAUCACCAGGGAAAUUUCUGGCUAGGCGUUCUAGGCAUUCGGGACAUAUGUCGAGCCAAGUAUGACCCUUACGAGAAAGAAGGCAUAGAGCUGGAAGAACCCUUAAACAGGGGGGUGUGA